AUGGGCAAUCAGAAUGGGACCCCCGGGAACAAUUACUACAACCGGUUCCCGAGGGAGCAUCCUGCUUCCAGGUAUGCCGAUGGGAUUGAAGAUGAUAGCUACUCAGACUUGAAGAAAUCUGACAAGCCCUGGCCCGAUGCUGACUCGUUUAGGCCCACCGCCGCUGGUAUUCUGAGGCAAGGGUUGGAUCCGACAUCCAUCUCUGUCCUCGGGCGCAAGACGGCGGACCUAAGGGAGCACUAUAUCCUUGGCCGGAAGCUUGGGCAGGGCCAGUUUGGGACUACGUACCUCUGCACCGAGAUAAGUACAGGGUGCGACUUUGCGUGCAAGACCAUCCUCAAGCGCAAGCUCAUCACCAAGGUGGAUGUCGAGGAUGUGCGCCGUGAGAUUCAGAUAAUGCACCAUUUGUCGGGACACAAGAACGUUGUCUCGAUCAAGGAUGUCUAUGAGGACGUGCAGGCGGUCCACAUUGUGAUGGAGCUCUUGCCUGGCGGGGAGCUAUUUGACCGAAUUCAGGGGAACGGGCGUUACAGUGAGAUGAAGGCUGCAGAGAUUACAAGAAUUGUUGUCAGCAUUGUGGCUAUGUGCCAUUCACUUGGUGUGAUGCACCGCGAUCUCAAGCCGGAAAAUUUCCUCCUCCUUGACAAAGAUGAUGACCUGUCCAUAAAAGCAAUUGAUUUUGGCCUAUCUGUCUACUUCAAGCCAGGCCAGGUUUUCAGUGAGCUAGUUGGCAGCCCGUUCUAUGUUGCUCCUGAGGUGUUGCACAAACGCUAUGGGCCAGAAUCGGAUGUGUGGUCAGCUGGAGUGAUACUCUAUGUAUUGCUAAGUGGGGUUCCACCAUUUUGGGCAGAUACACAGAAAGGCAUAUUUGAUGCAGUUCUGAAGGGGCACCUUGAUUUGGAAUCAGACCCCUGGCCUAAGAUAUCUGACAGUGCAAAGGAUCUUAUAAGAAAGAUGCUUUGCAAUUGCCCUUCAGAGCGUUUGAAAGCCCAUGAAGUGCUACGGCAUCCCUGGAUCUGCCAAAAUGGGAUGGCCACUGAUGGAGUUUUGGAUCCUAGUGUUAUCUCUCGGCUCAAGCGGUUCUCUGCAAUGAACAAUCUACAGAAAUUGGCUCUGAGAGUGAUAGCUGAGCGUCUUUCAGAAGAGGAGAUUGCUGGAUUAAGAGAAUUAUUCAAGACAGUGGACAUAAAAAAUAGAGGUGUAAUCACUUUUGGUGAGCUUAGGAAAGGUCUGACAAGAUAUGGCAACGAAUUGGUGGAUACUGAGAUUUGUGAUAUAAUGGAAGCGGAUAUUGUCUGCAUUGCUGUCCUACUUCAUCUAAUCUGUCUGAACCUUUUUCAGGCUGAUACAGACACUGAUGUAACCAUAAACUAUGAAGAAUUUAUUGCUGCAACCAUGCCUCUAAACAAGAUAGAGCGGGAAGAACACUUGAAGGCAGCUUUUACAUAUUUUGACAAAGAUGGCAGUGGCUAUAUCACAGUCGACAAGCUUCAACGAGCCUGUGCAGAAUAUAACAUGGAAGGCACUCUCCUUGAAGAGAUUAUUUUAGAGGCCGAUCAGAACAAUGACGGUCAAAUUGAUUAUGCCGAAUUUGUAGCCAUGAUGCAAGGCAACGCUAAUGGUGGCAAUAUUGGACUUGGACGUCCAACAAUGGAAACCAGUCUGAAUGUGACCUUGAGAGAUGCAGCUCAAGUACAUUAA